UAAUUAUAUUUAUAAUAAUAAAUAGUAAUAAUAAUAAAAAUAAUAAAUAAACCAUAAUUUAUAUUUAUGAAAAAUUAAUUUACUUUUAUAUUUUAUUUUUUUAAAAUAAAAAAAUAAAAAUUUUUUUUAAAAUUUUUUUAAUUAAAAUUAUAUUGAUUUAAAAAAAUAUGAAUUAUAAUAAUGAUUUAUAUUCUAGAAAUAGAGGUAGUAAAUUUUCAAGAUUAGGGUUUAAUAAUAAAAAUAAUUAUAGUUUUACAAAUAAUAGAAAUAGUAGAAAUAAUAACAAUAAUAAUAACUAUAAUAGUAAUAACAAUGGUGUAAAUAAAAAUGGUUUCAUUAGUAGAGGUGGAUACCUAAGCAAAUUAUACGCACAAAUUGCAUUACCACAGUUUAUCAGCAACCAUAAAUAUGUAAUAUUGGUAAAGAGAUACUAUAAACGAUUCAACCAAAGUAAAUACAGAAAGCUACAAUUUGUUUUUCAAGUAUUGGUAUUAUUUUUAUUGUUACAACACACAUUAAACAAAUUUCAAAGAACUGACGACAGUGAUUCAACAUUAAUAAGAUACAGAAAUAAUUUAUGUGUUCCCAAAGAUUCCUAUAUUAGAUCACCCGAAUUUCAAGAUGUAUUUUCUUCUGACAAUGUUUUAUUCAACGGUAGAAUCGACAAGUCAAUACUGUGUAAUGAAUAUUUAAAUAAAGACCACCCAAAAUUCAAGAAAUUCAUUUGGAUAUUUGUUGAUAGUUUAGCACAUGAUCAAGCUUACGAUAUUAUAGAGCCAUUUAAAGAAACCUCCGAUGUAUAUAGAGUUUUAACUCAUGGUUUCAAAUUUUCAACUGCAAUUUACACUACAUUCUUUACUGGUAAAAUACCUACCAACUAUGCUGGUAAACCAAUCCGUUCCGAUAAUAUAUUCUAUCAAUUUAAAACAAGUGGUUUCAAAAUGCAUUUCGUUGGUCCAGAAUUUCCUGCACCUGCUCUUUUAGCCGACUCACCAUCAAUUCGUAGAUAUUUCGAUCAGUAUACAAUUGUCCCUGAUGAAAGUCAAUUGUUUACUCAAUUAUUUGGCGAUAUUAGAACCCACCACCCUUCUGAAGAUAGUGUAUACGAGAAAUUAGAUUCACUUUCAUCUGGUGGAAAAAAGAGUGUAAUGUUAACAACUAAUCUUUUGGAUGAUAAAAUUCACCGUAAUGGAAAGACUCAUCCACCAACACUUCAACUAUUAUCCAAUUUCCAAAAAAAUAUACCUCUCGUAAAGAAAUGGUUAGCUGCUCAUCCUGACUAUAUUUUUAUUUUAAAUAGUGACCAUGGUGGUAGUAAGACUGGUGGUCAACAUGAAGGUGAGCUCCAUGGUGCUAAAGAUGGUGGCAAUGAAGGUUUCUUUUUAUUUUUUAAUCAAUUCCUCAAAUCACACUCUGAAAACUUUAACAGACCCUGGUUAGAUACUGUCGAUUUAGCUCCAACUAUUGUUCGUUACUUUAAGGAUGUUAACAUUCCAUUGGAAUCUUUAGGUUUAGUUUCUACAGCUCAUCAUGACGACAGUGUUGCAAAUAAAACCUCAAUUUAUAUUGACCUCUUAAACAAUGCCAUUCAAAUUAGAGAACUUUGCAGACUCAAAAACUUCCCAUACAAAGAAAGCGAUUUUGAAAAAGCAAUAAGUUUAGGUACUUCAAUAAUGGACAUUGGUCCACAGCAGUUAUCUCAAAAAAUUGAAGACUUAAAGAAAUUUAUUAUCAAUAUUAAAGAACCGAUGGUAGAAUUUAAAAAAUUUCCAACUAAUUAUUUAAUUAUAAUUGGCUUUUUAAUUUUUGUUAUUCAACUUAUAAAUUUAAAUAUUGAAAUUACACAAAGCGAUUUAAUUUUAAUGUUAAAAAAUAAUUUCUUACCAACAAUAUUGCCAUAUUUUUAUAUUUAUAUCGAUUUCUUAUUUUUAAAAUUCGAUUAUCACAAACACUUUACAAAUACAUUCAUAUUUUAUUUAAUAAUAAUACCAAUAAUAAUAUUAUAUUUAAUUUAUAAUUUAAAUUUAGAAAAAUACAGUAAUGAUAUAAAUAAUUUAUUAUAUAACGAGGAUAUUGAUAACAAUAAUAAUAAUAAUAAUAAUAACAAUAAUAAUAAUAUUCAAGGUCAACCAGGUUUACAAAAUCAACAAUUACCACAAACCAUACAGCAACAACAAGCAAAUCAACAAUUAGAUGAUGAAAAUAUUAAUCAAAAUCAUUUAGACAGAGUUCAAAAAGAAGAUCAAAAUAAAGAAAAUAAUAAAGAUGACCAAUCACCAAACCAACAAUCAAUUCAAAUGAUACCUGUACAACCCAUAAACCCAGAUGAUUUAAUACAGCUACAACAGUUAGAACAGUAUAACAUUGAACAUCAAAAAGAUAUUCAAAAGAGCCAAGAGCAAAUUCAAUUGCAACAACAACAGUUCUUACAAGAUCAGCAACUUUACCAACAACAGCAGCAAAUCGUUAUUAAUAAUAUAGAUUUAGAUUGGUUACAAACAUUAUUUUUUAAUAUUUGUUUUAUAAUGUUUACAUUUGUAUCUGGUAAUUUUGUUAUAGAAUUUUUACCAAUGUUAUACGAAAUGUUUGAAUCAUUCAGAUUCAUUAUAAACUACGUUUUACUAUUCUAUCUACUCUAUUUAUUAAUACUUUCAAAGACCCAACUUCUUCAAUCCAGUUCAAAUGGCGGUGGAUUUUCGAUUUCAAAUCUAAUAAUUAGCAAUAACCCAAUCAAUGUUUUAAAUUCAGCACAAUCCAAAAUGAUAUUUUUAAAGAGUGGUGGUGUUUAUUAUUUUAUCGCACAUUUGUUCUUUUUAUAUGACUUUACUGGCCACACUAUGCCCUCUGUAAUGCAGUUAGCCUAUUUUAUAAUGGUAUUACAAGUCCUCUCGUUAAUUGCUCUUGGCAACUUUGUCGAUGAUGCCUUUAUUGUUUCAAAUUUACUUUUGUUUGCUGUUAGUACCGAAAAUCAAAGAUUCUAUUUACUCGCUUUCUUUGGUCCACAACUUUAUCUCUUAUCAAAUACCUAUUGUUCAAGUGUUAGCUCAUGGCGUUUAGGUCUUCAAACUAGCUCCUUCAAUGGCAAACUUAAAUCAUUGUCACGUAUGAUUGUAUUGUUCAUGGUAACCCUUUCAUUCAGAUCCUACAUGUUUAUGGGUGGUCAGUUUAAUAUGAAUGUCGAUGUUAGGGCUGGUAAUAUCGGUUUGUUAAAUAUGGAAGAUUAUCCAACAGUUAGUGGUUUCUUAAUGGUUUUCCAUAAACUAGGUUACUUUUUCAUUUUAAUUACCUUUUUAAUUAGACUUUCAAAAUCAUAUAGUCACCAAGAUAUUUCAUCGCAAUCAUCUUCAAAUGUAAUUUCAAUUUCAAAUAAUAGUAACAACAAUAGCAACAACAACAAUAGCAACAUUAUCCCAGAUAGCAUGGAAUUAAAGAGUUGGAUUUUUAGAAUUUUAGCACAAAAAUCAAUUGUAUUAAUGUGGAUUUUUAAUUUAAAUUUCUGGCAAUAUAAAGAUUAUUUAGAUUGUUUCAUUUCAACUUUAAUCAUCUCGAUUAUAACAGUAGGUUUUGGUGUAUGUUUACUUUUUGAUGAAUUAUCAAAAUUAUUAAAACCAGCUGUAUCUAAAUAUUUAAAUAAACAUCAAUCAUACUAAAUAAUAAACAAUAGUAAUCAUUAUAAUAACAAUAAUAAUAAUAAUAUAAAUUAUAAUAAUAAAACAUAUAUAAAUUAAUUUAUUUAUAUUU